AUGAGUUACGGCUCGACGCGCUUCUCUUUUAAAAUGCAACGAGAACACUCUGGAAUAUUUCGAAUAUACGACAUAAGUUACUACCCUCUGGUAGUCGGGUACAGCAAGGAAUGUGAGAAGGAAGUAAGCCAUCAACUCCUUCUCCUCCUCGCUCUUCCCUACUUCCUCCACCUCACCCCGAAAACCGCCGCUGCCGACAUCAAGGAUGUCUUCGCCCCCGGCUCCCCACUCACCCGCUUGCCCAGAGACGAGGAGUACCCGCUGUACUCCGUGGUUCCUAGUGACGUCAGCGUUGGAAAAGUCUUCGCCCCUGGCUCUCCGCUCACCCGUUUGCCCAGGGACGAGAAGUACUCGCGGUACUCUGACGAGAAGUAUUCGCGGUACUCUGAUGGUCCUAGCGACGCCAGCGACAAGAGCUUGAAGCCGGAGAACUCUUCCGAGGGUGGCGCCACCUCUGCUGCUGUGGGAAAGCGGUGCAUCAGGUGCGACUCGGGGUACGACGCGUACGACAGGAGACCGAACUACGGUGGAGGUUACGAGGACAGGAGCAGGGACUACGACCGGUACGACGAUCGGUACUCGGAGAGGGAUCGCUACUCCGAUAGGGAUAGAUACAGCGACAGAUACGACCGUUAUUCUGACCGAUCCAGGGGAAGAUACGGAGGCAGAGAACGUUAUGGAGGUCAAGACCGCUACGGAGUACCAGACCGCUACAGUGGACUCGACCGCUAUGGAAGCCAAGAUCGCUAUGGAAGUUUAGACCGCUACUACGGAGGUCUGGACCGCUACGGAAGUCAAGACCGCUACGGAAGCCCGGACCGCUACGGAAGUCAGGACCGCUACGGAAGUCAGGACCGCUACGGAAGCCAAGACCGCUACUACGAUAGAUACGGAGACUACGAUCGCUACGAUCCUUACGAGCGCUAUGACAAAUACGACAGAUACUCUGAUAGGGGAGUUGGCUACGAUAAUAGAGGAUACGAUUACAGGGGUUCGGAUAGUGGAGGUUACAGGCCAUGGGAUGAAACUUACAGAGGUACCUCUGGGUUCGAUAAUGCUGGCAGAGGCUACUACUUCGCCUCUGGAAGACCAGAAUACGGUGCAAGUUAUGAUGGAGGGUAUGCAAGUGGUUGGAACUACGGGAACAGUGGCAGCGGUAGAGAUGAUUACUACAGGGAUAGAGGGUAUAGUGGGUAUGCUACCUACAGACCUUAUAGGGAUCCUUACGACGGAUAUAGAGCUACAAGUUACCUCUACGGUAGGCCAUCCUCGACUACAAUCAAAACACCCAGUGCAGCGGAAGGCGAAACAAAUACUCAGUCACCCCAACAAAGCUCAGGGUAACCUCAAUUUUAUAAAGAAAAUCAAUUAGUUAUAGGUAAUUUGAAUACAUCAAAUUCAGGGAUCAAUAUAAUAUACUGGACUGUUAGGAUUUAAGAAUGAAUAAUUGCAACUAAUCAGGGAUGACUGGAAUUGGAUCCUCAACAUUGAUGUUUCUUGAAUCGUGAAGGAUACAAGGUCGGUUGAAUUAUUCUAAUAUUGCGCAAUUGUUUGUCAAACAAAAAAUUCUGUUUAGAAAAUUGAAAAAUUCCAAAUACUUUGGGAGAUAUCGGAAGAAACUAAAAAAAUCUGCUGAAAGCCUGUUUUCUUGUGCUGUUCGAAGGAAUUGAUUCAAAUGAAUGAUACUUGAUACUUUUUUUUUUCUACAAGUUGGCGUUUUUUGAUUCCAAAACCCAACGUUUUGUGCUCCAGGAACCAUCAUCAACUUUCUUCAAUACAGAACUGGACUUUUUAUCUGAUUUUUUAUGAGCUAUUACAGUUUCUUUCCAGAAUAUUUCUUUUACAAAGAUCUCGCCAGUUUUUUUUAUAUUCAAUAAGAAACUACCAUUGAAACAUGUUUCUUGAUUUAUAUACAGGGUGUCCCAAAAUCAGCCUGCCCAACCUCCAGCGGCUUCUACGAUCAAUAAUAGGAAGAAAAGUUUCAUUGAACAUGAGACGAGAAAUGUCUUCUAAUGGAGGUAUGCCUCCCUGGAAGUGGGCUCCUGAAGAUGAUAUUCCUUGAGUAUUACAGAAACUUCAUGAUAAAAUGAUGCAAUUCGGUACAAGAACUGAAGUUUCCAUGCCCAAUGCAGUGAAAAUGAAAUCAUUCCAAAAUUUUACCCAAGAGUGUGUAAUACAGGGUGGGACUACAUUAAAUAUUGUUCUCAAUUUUCGAGUUGCAUAUUUUCAACAAUUUAAUAUCGAAUUAUAAAAAUCCACACCUCUUUACAAAAAAAAGGUUUUCUUGUUCCGUAACGAUGAGAUAUAUCGAUAUAGAGUAAAAGCGAUUAAAAAAUGUUGUUACAUCUCGGAUAAUUAUUAGGUUUGCAUAAUAUUGCAAUGAGUCGUAGUGGAAAUGAGAAAAAUUGAAGUAGUUUUUCAUCAUCAUUUUCCUAUUUUCCGCGCUGGUAUGAGAUUGUUUUGUGAAAAGAAAGUAGUUGAUCUUUUUAUAGCCACUAUGAUUCGAGAAUUAGCAACGUUAUAUGCAUAAGAUGAGAGUGUAUCAAUAUUUUUGAAUCAAUUUCACUCGAAAAUGAUACAUCUGAUCAAUAGGAAACUUGUAGGCUUUUUUUUGUGAAAAGGUGGGGAUUUUCGAAAUCUGAGAUUAAAUUGUCGAAACAUGCAUACAAAAAAGUUUGAGCAAUAUUCGUAUUCCUACCCUGUAUAAUACACUCCUGAAUUCAACUUUGGAAUGAUUGCAAGUUCACCGCAUUGGACAUGGAAAAUUUGGUUUUCUCAACAAAUUGCAUCAUUUAAUCACGUGGCGUUUCGAAAAUCUUCAAGGCUAAUUUUGGGACACCCAUAAUAUAACCCUGCCUCUGGGCAGCCCUGAGGUUGGAGGAGAUAAAAUGGAAAUUUCAGAUCCGUAUUUGAAAAAAAAAAUAAGUUGAUGAUGAUUUCUGGAAGAUGAAACGUCGGAUUAUCGAUUUGAAAACUUCAACUUGUAGAAAGGAAAAGUGGCCAUGAUGAGGUGGCAUUCAUUUGAGAUAAUUUCUUCGAAUUACUUGAAAAAAUGAGAUUUCAGGAAUCAACAUUUCUUCAUCGGUUAUCUCCUGAAGUUUUCGCUAUAAUUCAAUCGACCAUAUAUCUCUUACAGGUCACGAGAUCUAACGAUGAGGUUCAAAUUCCAGUAAUAACCCUGUAUACAGUGUCUUCGAGAGGUACUGAUUGAAUUAAUGUUUCUCUGAUUCAUCCAUUAUUAUUGUAUGUUAUGAAACAGGUCGAAUUUGCCAUAUCUAAGAGGCCAAAUGAAACAUACAGAGUGAUCAACGUUUGGGUAAUGACGACUGCAACAACUUAUUCAAAUGGAGCACACCAUAUAAUAUUAUUAAGUUUUCGGAAUCCCGAAGGAGAGUGGUAUUUGAAAGUUUAUUACACAUUGGGUUUGGAUACAGGGCGUUUGUUGGAUUCAGUGCUCUCGUAAAGUAUAGUGGACGUCAUUUCUCCUACAAUCUACACGAAUCAUUCUGUAGGCAUUAAUUAGAUUUGAAAGAAUUCUCAGAUAGAAAGAAAUCUGACGGUUUCAAGCUUUACAUCAAAAAUUUAAUUCUGCAAUUUUUUGAAAAUGUAUCCACUCUUAUUACGAGACCAUCGAAUUUAACGGACGCAAUUCCAACAAACUCUAUGGUCAUAAUAGAUUCUCGAAACCAGCGUGUCAUGAAGAUUCCAGAAAUUGAAUUAUAUUUUAUAGGGUAUUCCAUUUGCGAAACGUAUCAAAUGUGGAUAACUCUUUAUAUUCAAUUUUAUUUUAUGAAUGUGGCAAAUUGAGGUACAAAAUCGGACUGCUUCACGAAAUUCCACAUAAAUGGAUGGCUAAAAAUGCAUCCAUUGGGUAGUUCACGAAAGCACUGUAUUUUAUCAAUACUAUAGAAUAAAUAUCAAAUGAAGGGAAAAUGAUGUUAUCUUGUGAUUCCUCUGAAUGUUAAGACAAUUGGGUGAGGCGAUUGUAAUGAGUUCGUUGUCACUCAGUGAGUUAGAUUUUAAAUUGGUCAUAUAUUUCUAUACAGAGUGUUUUGUUACUAAAGGGACAUACUGGAAACAUGAAGAAGGAUAAAUAUACUGAGCAGGUACAUGUCUUUAUAGGUUGAUCGAGUUGAUGUAAGAUAAUAUUUCUAGAUUUCUUGGGAUAUCCUUCUCUCGUUUCUAUAAGCGGAGAAUGCGAUUCUUUUCAUUUGACCCAACAUGUCACUGCGUUGGAGAUUUCACUUCCAGAAAGCUGAAAGAGAAAUUCCUCACUAAUAGCUAAUGACUCCUCAUAUGUCAGACUGUGCAACUUCAAAAUAGCUGAUAUAUUUCAAUCAACUCCAAUGUCCCCCAGUAUACAGUUUUCAGAACCUAUAUAUACCCAUUUUCAAUAACAAAACAUCUAGUAUGAGAAAUAUUUCAUAUUUCAUCUUUAUGACUUUUUCAUCAUCGAUAGUUUUCGUCAGACGACUAAUAGUAUUAUGUUCCACUGUCAUUUUUUAUUCCACAUGAUUUCGCAUUGUCCACUAUGCACUGUGAUUCAUAGCCAAACUCAAUUCUUCGAGAGUAUUAUUUACAAAUGUAAUUGAAACUGUAUAAGUUAUUAUAUACGAAACUUGUGAAGACACGAGAGAUACAUACAGACGGACUUGUUUUGCUGUGUAGGUACCAACUUGAUGUUUUUCACGAAUAAAACAUUUCUAUU